AUGAAAAAGCUUGGGAAAAUGAAAAGAAUGAUCCGUGGGACCGGUAAUCCAAAGUCGAGUUCUGACGAUGACGAUGACGACGACGAGUCUUCAGCAUCGAGAGAGAGAAAAGAUGCAUCAAAGCAAGGGGCUGAAACCAAAUCUGCUUUGAAGAAAAGAAAAACUAUUAUUGAAAGCGAUGAAGACCGUGAUGCAGAAGGUUCCUCGCACGAUGGUUCACUCUUCAGUGGAGAUGAUGAGCCGGAACCUGAACCAGUGCCAGUGUCGGAACCAGCAAUACAGCCCAACUCCGCAGCUGAAGUAGCCCCUGCUGCGCAAGAUUCCACUGACAAACCAAAAGAGGCCUCAGUCGCACCAACACCACAGGACACAGCACAGAAGAAAGAGGAACCUAAACGAAGGCAAUAUCGAAAGGCUCCGAAAGUGGUGACAAUGGAAGAUCCAAAUGUCAAAAAGAGUAUCGAGGCCCGCGUUCAUGGUCGUGCUCACGAAGAAUCUGGCAUAUUUAGGCAAUCAUCCACCAGCAGUGGUGACGCUAGCAUCAGUCCCGUGGAAAAUAGAGGAGGCUGGCUUGUAGGUAGUUCGUCGCAACCUGUUCGUGCAGAGGGAGGAUCAUACAAGCCUACGUUGCUUACUUUUGAGAAGGGUAAGCUUACUAGUCAUCGGGGCUCGGCAGCACGAGAGGCUUCUUCUCCCGCCACACCAUCUGGGUCUGGAUCCGCCGGAACGAUUCCAGGUUCUCAGGUUGGCGGCACUAUGGAUGCGGUGGCGCAAAGAGAUACUUUGUGGGGCGAAUCGGUUCAGGAAAGUAACGCGAUGGAUACCAGCUCGGAUUUCGCUCCUCCUAUUGCUCCGUCGGCGACGGUACUUAGUAGAUCGUCAACGGAGGUAAUAACUUUGGAACCGGUAUCGAAUGAACCGCCUCCAACUGCAGAGGAACUGCUGCGGCUGUCCGGUGCGAGCGGUGCCGCGCUUGACCUCCCUGAUUUCCAAGCUGGUGAAGAUACGAAUGGUUCCAUAAUCAAUAGUACGGCAGCAACGACUAGUACGCUGAUGUCGAUGCCAUCCACUUCUGAGCAACCCUCUGGAGUUCCUGCUCCGCAGAAUACCUGGAAGUCCUCGUCCAUCUUUGGCCUUCCCUCAAGCUCAAGCUCGUUCUCGUUCUUUGAGAAGAUACUUCCAUCUUCUCCAACGCGUCAUGCUCAACCAGCGAAGCUCACCAUACCACUUCGUCUUGACCCCAUCUCGUCCGUACCUAUUAUCCUGAAAGACGUGACACAGCCAAGUCUUGGACAAAAGCUCACAGACUUGCUUGCACAAGGCCAAGAUGGACCUCCCGGAAAACUAUUUGAACCAGACGUCAUAAAUUCUUGUGUAACUGCUGGUAAUUCGGCAGCGCGUGUUGUCCCAGAUGAAGGAGUUUCGGACGAACAAAGAGCAUGGUUUUCCAAGCUAAUAGACGAACUCGAUAAGGGGGUGCUGUUCAUCGUUGCCCUUGGCGCGAACUCGUUCGCCUUAUGUUCUUCGAACAAUCAUUACGUUGCACAGAAGCUCAACGUGCCCAGUUCGUUGAUAGGCCUUUCGAGGACGGUGAUAAUGCAGCACAUUACAAUUACGGACAGUACACUCUACAUGACCUAUGCUGUCCUAGCUGUGGACCUCAAGCUUCGUUAA